UUGUUCCUUUCCACUUCGUCGUUAAUAAACUAGUUCUACUUUCAGUGUACUUUUACUUAGACAGAAAGAGAGAUUCUUAGAAUUAUGAAGAAACAAGUAUGUACUAAUGAAGAAUUCAAGAGAGGUGCAUGGAAACCAGAAGAAGAUUUGAUUCUGAAAAGAUAUAUUGAAGCUAAUGGAGAAGGGAAAUGGACUACGGUUUCUAAGAAAUCAGGGUUAAUGAGAAGUGCAAAGAGUUGUAGAAUGAGAUGGAAGAAUCAUUUGAGACCCAAUAUCAAACAUGGGCAGAUAUCAGAAGACGAAGAAGAUCUCAUCAUUCGAAUGCAUAAACUACUCGGAAACCGGUGGUCGUUGAUUGCUGGGCGAAUUCCUGGUCGAACCGACAAUGAAGUAAAGAACUAUUGGAAUACCCACCUUAGCAAAAGAAACCUAAAUCAUCAAGGUCAAUCAAUGAAUAGUGUCACUUUUAACUGUAAGAAAAGGAGGAGUAUGGUCUCAGAUACGAAUGAUACUCAGCAGACAAUAUCCAUUGUAAGCACUAAACAGCAGGAUGAAAGCAAUAUUUUCAAUGGAUCAGAUGAAAGAGUUGAUGCACAGUUAAGUAAUCCCAGCAGUACUACUAGUACAUCCAGUGGAGCUGAAGAAGUUAAUGCUGUACAACGAUAUGCUACUAGCACCACUCUGGACAAUUCAGCGGCUGGUGAUAUUGCGAAGAUCAUUAGUGAAGAGGAAAUUUAUUCAUGUUGGUUGUCAGACGAGCCGACGUUUUAUGUCCCAUUUGUGCCAUCUCUUGACUACUCCAUCCUUCCGUUUGAUUCGCUGGAUAACAACUACGAAGACUGCUGGACUAAUAAACUGAGAUUGCAUGACUUGGAGGAGGACUAAGUAUCCUGCUGGUCACUGCUCGCAUACAAGGCUUGAUAUGUUAAAUUUUCCGUGUUUAGUAGAUUUCGUGCUUAGCUGCUUUAUAGUUCAAACUUAAAUUUAGGUCAUGCAUGCUUGGUUGGCCAAAAUUCUGGGAUGGUGUUGUUUCUGGCUAGUACUUGCGCAGCUACGCUUAUAUGCUAUCUAAAUCAAUGUUAGGCACUUAGGCCCUCAAUAAGGAAUUAAGUGGGAAGAAAAUAACAUAUCAACUUGUACCCGUUUUGGUGUUGGUUGUCGGUAAUUGUCAUUAAUAAAAAUCCAAAUUUAUAGUUGUCUUUACAAA